GGCUAUUUACGUAGGGAGCAUCUGGCAAGACAGGGCGACUGACACAUGGUCGCCAUUUUGAUCAGUGAGUACAGGAUGUGAUGUGGUUUUUCGUUGCGAAAAAAAGUAGAUAGAAUACAAAAAUUGGAAGUGUAGAUUGAUCCUGUUAUGGUUAUAAACGGAUCUGAGAGUUACUGAACCAGUUUUUGAACCUUGUCCCCGAUGUCAUUGGCGAGUUGAGAGGGUCGGGCAGCAGUUUAGAGAUGGCUGAGAGAGAUGGCGGAGAUCGCGAGAGAAGCUCCCGUUUCGAGUCGGAAACAAAUCAUCAGACACCUAUGAAACCUUACAGUGAGGUAGGACAUAAAAAGAAACCCACCUCUUUUCAGAUAACGAGUGUUACCGUUCAGGGUUCUAGGUUGAGUAAUGAUGGAGGAGACGAUAGUGCAGAUGAUUUGGACGAAAGCCAUACAGAUGAUUUGAGUUCGGAUAUUUUAGAAUGUUCUAAAACGCCAGAUCUGGACAAUGAGCAAUUGACUGAAGAUAACAGCAACACCCCGGACGAUCUGGCAGCGUCUGGUACGUUCGCUUCGCUGAAGUCUUUCAGGAGCGAUUCUGGCGUCAGACCGAUUGCGGACGGUAACGACGUGCCUCAGCACGUGGGUAUCUCGACGACAUUCCACACUAAUUCGACUGUAAAUAGCAACGUGCCGGUCGACUCCGGUCAUUCGGACGCGGUGGUCAACUCCCACCUUCCGAUGAUUAAUACUAUUCCGGAUCACUGGCAGCAUAGAUUCAAAGUAGUAAAAAUCGUGAGCAGUGAACCGUUCAAACGUGGAAGAUGGUUGUGCAUGGAUUUCGUGGAUCCGCCCGCCAUGCAGCAGGAGAUCAAGCCCGAGGUCGUGGAUCAGACCGGCAUUUCGAACGUUUCGAGUAAUGCGAGUUCGGCCAAUUCUCUUUGUGGUGACAAUUCCGCUAACAAGACGGUGGCUCACGUUUACGAAAUACCCGUCACUCGGUCGUGCACGGGCGAUGUGUCCGUCGCCAUCAACCAGCAACCCGUUCAGCCUCUCUACGGAAUUAUUCUUCCGGUCGAGACCGUGGGUCGGACUCCUCAGAUAACCAUGGUGCCGACGGUCGGCCUACAGCCCGCCUCCGACGUCGUGCCGCAAGUUAUACAGACUGCUAUUCCGCCGGGAGUGCACGUGACUUCGGGCUUGCCUCCCCCUCAAACUAGCCAAACACAGUUAGCUUCUGUAAAUGCUCCUUCGGUCCAACAUAAUCCUCUCACUUCUCAGCCUCAGCUUGUUACACAGACUCAACAACAAGUUAUGCCUAUGUCACAACCUCCAGCCGUUGCAAGUCAGCCUUCUUUAGUCACGAAUAUUCAGACCAUACCUUUAACGGCUACUCCUAUAGACCAAGAGGUCGGUCGUCAGUCAGUGUCUAAACCCGACCCGAGUUCUCAGGGCCCUAGUCCAGUAAUUAUUGCAACUAAUAACGAUAAGGCUCAAAGAAUGACUUCCGAAAAUCCUCCUCUUCAACUGUUAGAAGUAUUGCCGGAUGCUCUUCGUAAUAGAAACAAUAUAGAUGGCGAAGAGUCCGAAAGUGCUUCUGCCGGAUCGACCGUUGCCAUCGAUAACAAAAUAGAACAAGCAAUGGAUCUAGUUAAAAGUCAUCUAAUGUUUGCUGUGAGAGAAGAAGUGGAUGUCUUGAAAGAGAAAAUAACCGAACUUUUGGAACGCAUAUCUCAAUUAGAAUACGAGAACGGAUUUUUAAGAGCCAAUGCGAGUCAGGAAACACUAAAUCAACUAUCUCAGAUACCCACCAGCCAGACUGCGGUCACCCAAACUACGGUUCUAGCGGCACCCACACAACAACAGCAACAACAGCCUUCGACAUAAAUUUCUUCUCACAAAGUUCCUUCUAUUUUCAGACGUAGACGAGUGGAUUUUUGUUAUCGCAAGCCCGGGCAGAAAAUGUAACAGUUAAAAAAAAACAAAAAAAAAGUUCUUUCCAGCAGGGUUGUUUCCUAGGUGUAUAUAUUCAUUACAUUCUUGUUAUAACUUGGUGCUUUGCAUAAAGUCUUGCAAAUGGAAUAAAUCUAGCACAAAUUAAAGUUAGUAGCCAAAUAGGACGUUACGUGUCUGUAAUGGAAACAAAUUUAUUGACAUUUUUUGGAAAAUCGUACGAUUGGUAUAUAUUAUAUAUAUAUAUAUAUAUAAGGGAAGAGAUGUCAUCUUCCCGUCUCUGGUAUUACUUAUGAAAUUUUUUUUCACGUGUGUGUCGUGUGCGAGGAUGUAAUUACGGAGUUGUGUAAUACAUGAUAUCGGGUGUGGAAUUUCUAGCUACGUAGUUUGUAAUAUAACCUGGAGCAAAUUUCUUAUUCGAUUAGCCAGAAUAUCACGGGGAAUAAUUUAUAUACGGACCAUCAGAUAACGCAGCAACAACAACACUUCUCGGUACAGAGGAAUUAAAUAAUUGGGAACAACAACAACAGCCUAAUACCCGGUUUCCAGCGUCGGAGAUAGAUCUGAAUUUUUUUAAGUAAUUGGAAUUAAAAAAUGCAUUUGCAACACGAAUUUGAUGCCGUUUCGUCCGUAAUAUACUCACGAGUUUGGUGUUUUUUGGAACAGUUUUUACUCCGACGACCGUCGCUAUAUCAUAUAUAUAUAUAUGCAUAACGCCUCGAUAAUGUAACGCAUUAUGUUGUUUGUUAUGUUUUGUAAAAAUAUAAAUUGGAAGUAACUUAUAUAUAAGGUAACUACUUUGUCAAUGAUUUAGUUAAGGAUAUGAUUUGCUUUACGAAAAAAAAUAUACACGCAUAUAUACGCUUUAUUUUAAUUUUUUUUUGUGUUACUGGCAGCUUCUUGGAUAUUGUAAUUAGCCAAACUAAGUCAACAUCAUUUUUUGUUUUAUUUACGAGAAAUUUUCAAAAACAUUUAUUAGAAAAAAUGGUUAUAAUUGCAAUAUUACUGGGUGCAUCAAAUAAACUUUUAUUGUGAUUUGCCGGAAAGUGUAUUAUUUAGUUACAGAAUAUAUAACCCGAAACCCGUCGUAAUCUAGAAAUUUGCAUAUUCGGACGUCCCGCCCGUCUGUUCACGUGUUACUUUUUAACGCGUCUCUAUGGCAUCCGAAGCACCUUUUACCGAAAUUAAUUAGGUCCUCCAAACGUCUCUUCGCAUCCAAUUAAAUUAUUCUUGAGAAUUUAGUGUAUUAUUAGAUGGUCCGGUUUUUUUAAGUUUUAAAUUGGAAAAAUUUUGAUUUAUUUGACUCCAUUAUUGGGCAGAAUAUACAUGAACUAAGUCAAAAAACCGGGCUCGUCUAUCCUUAAAUGUUCCUCCUCAGAUAUUCCCAAGUAUUUGUGGAAAAUUAUGUAUAUUUUAUUGUAAAACUGUUUAAUCAUGUUUUGUGUUAUUAAAUGUUUGUAUGUUUUUUUAAUUAUUAAUUUUUUUAUUUAGUAAUGCAUUAUCUCUCUUUAGAUGCAAUGGAUAAUUUUAUACGGUAGCGUAGAUGUUUUUAAAAACAGAAUUGUUCAUCCCAUAUUCUAAUGAAAUUGUCUAACUACUCCAUAUGUUCGAAAUAAUAAUUAAUAAAAUAUAAAAUGUAUUACAAAACUAAUGAGUUUUUAACUAAGAAUUUCUCCCGGUUUCAUUUAAAUUUUUUUGUGUGUUUCUUCCUCUUAAAAGCUGCAGGUGAGACUUGUGUAACGAUUUAAUCGACCCAGGUGCGUCGUACAAAUCUGGUUAAGUAAUCCGAGGAAACUCAUUGCAUCAAGGUGUAACGUCGAGCAAAAAUCUACCAAUUACGCAAUCUGUGAUUGCAUGCAAUUCACGGGAAGACUCAACCCAUUUGUAUACUAUGCAAAUCUUUCCCGAAGUACCUUAUAAGGUACUUCGAAUAAAACGUGCAAGCUGCAAAGUGGCAUUAUUUACGAGGUUUUACUACGAUGAUGCAUCGAAAUCCCACGGAUUGGUGAACAAGAAGCAUAAAUGACGUCGCAAAAAUAGCUCUCGAUGCCAGUUUUCCCAAGGAAUCGUUUAAAGAGCCGAGUUGUGAGAAGUUGCCUUUAAUAGUUUCGAACGCGUUAUUCUAUCCAUAAAAAACACGUCAAAAGAAUGUCUACGUGUUGCUAAACGACUUUCGA